AUGAGUGCCGACGCAGACGACGCUGCAAUACGGGUCGACAAGCUAAACGACUUCAACUGGAUCUCGCAGCUCCGCUACUAUUAUGACCCGGUGCGCUCGACCGACAUUAGCAUCAAGAUGAUUAGCGCCGAGGUGAAGUAUGGAUUUGAGUACUUGGGCAAUUCCUUCCGGCUCGUGGUGACCUCACUCACAGAUCGCUGCUACCGCACUUUGAUGGGUGCCCUCCAGCUCAAUUUGGGCGGCGCGCCAGAGGGUCCUGCCGGCACCGGCAAGACGGAGACGACCAAGGACCUUGCAAAGGCGAUUGCCAAGCAGUGCGUCGUCUUCAAUUGCUCCGACGGGCUCGACUACCUCGCCAUGGCAAAGUUCUUCAAGGGGCUGGCUGCUGCGGGCGCGUGGGCGUGUUUCGACGAGUUCAACCGCAUCGACCUCGAGGUGCUCUCUGUGAUCGCGCAGCAGAUACUCACCAUCCAGCGCGCAUCGACGCAGGGCCUCAAGCGGUUCCUCUUCGAAGGCACCGAUUUGCCGCUCGACGCCUCGUGUGCGGUUUUCAUCACCAUGAACCCCGGCUACGCCGGCCGCUCUGAGCUGCCCGACAACCUCAAGGCGCUCUUCCGCCCGUGCGCCAUGAUGGUGCCCGACUACGCCAUGAUUGGUGAAAUCUCCCUCAUGUCGUACGGCUUCUCCGAAGCGCGCCCGCUCGCGCGUAAGAUCGUGCAGACAUACACACUUUGCUCCGAGCAACUCAGCAGCCAGGACCACUACGACUACGGUAUGCGCGCCGUCAAGUCAGUCCUUACCGCCGCCGGUGCACUCAAGAGGAAGUUUCCGGAGGACGACGAAAAUCUGCUCGUGCUCCGCUCCAUCAAGGACGUCAAUCUGCCCAAGUUUCUCUCGCCCGACGUCCCGCUCUUCAACGGAAUCACGUCAGACCUCUUUCCAGGCAUCACGCUGCCUGAGCCCGACUACGAAGAGAUUCUGAGCGCCGCACGCGAAGCCUGCACUGAGCUCCGGCUGCAGCCCGUCGACAACUUUCUCGCCAAGGUCCUCGAGCUGCACGAGAUGGUGCUUGUGCGGCACGGGCUCAUGAUCGUUGGCGAGCCGUUCGCAGCCAAGACAUCGUGUUACCGCGUGCUCAGCCGCGCGUUGUCCUUGCUCGCCGAGGGCGGCAGCCCGACCGAAGUGAAGAUCAACACGCCCACGCUCAACCCCAAAUCAGUGCCACUCGGACGUCUGUACGGCGAGUUCGACCCGGUAUCGCACGAGUGGUCGGACGGGAUCCUCGCCGUCAUGUUCCGCUCUUGCUGCGACGACACGUCGGGCGAGCGGUUUUGGAUGGUGUUCGAUGGGCCAGUUGACGCGAUCUGGAUCGAGUCGAUGAACACGGUCCUCGAUGACAACAAGAAGCUCUGCCUCGUCUCGGGCGAGAUCAUUUCGAUGUCGCCGAGGAUGAACCUGCUCUUUGAGCCGAUGGACCUCUCCGUAGCCUCGCCUGCGACUGUCUCGCGCGUCGGCAUGGUGUACAUGGAGCCGUCGCAACUCGGCUGGCGGCCACUCCUCGCGUCGUGGCUCGAGGCGCUUCCGCCGACGGUGAGCGAGACAGACAAGACGUUACUGCAGGACUUGUUUGAGUGGCUUGUCGAGCCCUGCCUCUUCUUCGUGCGCAAGUCAUGCCGCGCGCCCGUGCCGGCCCAAGACAUAAAUCUCGUGCAGGGACUAAUGCGGCUAUUGCUCGCCCACCUCGACGCCUGGCGCGUCGCCGAGGUGGACCAAUCUCGCCCGGUAGACAGCGCCAAGUCGGCCGACGUCCUGACCUGCUACUUCUUGUUUUCGCUCGUGUGGAGCCUGGGUUGCGUCGUCGAUGACGAUGGCCGCUCAAAAUUUGACACCUUCCUCCGCUCCCUGUUGCAGAAGGAGCUGCCGGCGGAGCUCGACAUACCCGGCGCUCCGGUACUGCAGGUUCCGCCCUCCAGCCGGCCGGCGGGUGCCAUCAAGGCAUCAAAGCUCUUUCCCGCCGGCAAGACGGUGUACGACGUCGCCAUCGAUUGCUCGUCUGGCGCGCCGCAGUGGCGCGACUGGAUGAGCACAAUAUGUGCGUACAGCGUCCCGAAGGGCGCAAGGUUCCACGACAUCAACGUCCCUACCAUCGAGUCCGUGCAGGUGGGCUACAUCACCGACGUUCUCGUGAAGCACAGCGUGCCGUUGCUGCUCACUGGCAACACAGGCACAGGCAAGACGAUUCUCCUCGCGCAGCGGCUGAACGAGCUGCCAUCCGACGCUUUUCAGACUAUCCAGCUCUCCUUCUCUGCGCAGACCGAGGCGCGCGUGACGCAGAGCAUCGUUGAUUCACAGCUCGACAAGAGGCGUAAGGGCGUGUACGGCCCGCCGUACGGCAAGCGCGCAGUCGUCUUCAUCGACGAUCUCAACAUGCCACAGCCGGAGGAGUACGGCGCACAGCCUCCUAUUGAGCUCAUGCGCCAGUGGAUGGACCACGGCGGCUGGUACGACCUAAAAGAGCUCUUCUUCCGCCAGCUCGUCGACUUGCAGUUUGUCGCCGCGAUGGGGCCUCCGGGCGGGGGCCGCAACCACGUGACUCCGCGCUAUAUGCGGCACUUCAACCAGCUGUGGCUCACGGACUAUUCAGCCUGCUCGCUCGAGCGCAUCUUCUCCACCAUCCUCGCGUGGCACCUCGCAGACUUCGGCGGCGACGUGAAGGCCACUUGCAGCAAACUGGUUGCGUGCACCGUCGCGGUGUACACCACCAUCUCGGCCGAGCUGCUCCCGACGCCGGCCAAAUCGCACUACACCUUCAACUUGCGCGACGUCGCAAAGGUCUUCCAGGGCGUUCUGCAAUCGUCGCCAAAAACAAUUGGUGGGGCUGACGAGAUGCUCUGCCUCUGGCAGCACGAGUGCCGCCGUGUCUUCGCAGACCGACUCGUGGACGACGCGGAUUCGCUCUGGUUCACCACCUUGCUUGACUCGCAGCUCAAGGGCGCCUUCAACAAAGACCUCGCCACGGUAACGGGAGGGACGACGGCGCUGUAUGGCGACUUUAUGAAGGACGAUUCAAGCCUAUACGAGCGGCUGCCAGGGAUGGAUGUGCUCACCGCAAAGAUGAGCGCGAUGCUAGACGACUUCAACGCCGUCUCGAAGCGGCCAAUGUCUCUGGUCCUCUUUCCGUUCGCGGUCGAGCACGUGUGCCGCAUCCUGCGGAUUCUGAAGUCACCCUUCGGAAACGCGCUGCUCGUUGGUGUCGGAGGGUCGGGACGUCAGUCACUCACCACGCUGGCCACUGCCGUGGCAGACUUUUCCCUAUUCCAGAUCGAGCUGUCAAAGAACUACGACACCACCGCGUGGCGCGAGGACCUAAAGGUGCUGCUGCGCAAGGCCGGUGAGAUGGGAGAGUCGACCGUGUUUCUGCUUUCGGACGUGCAGAUCAAGGACGAGUCCUAUGUCGAGGAUCUCAAUAACCUCCUCAAUGCGGGCGAAGUGCCCAACCUCUUCGCCGCCGACGAGGUUUCCCAGAUUGCCGAAACUCUCACGCCCGUGAUGAAGCAGGAGGGCGGCGCCGACUUUUCACCUUCCGGAUUGUGGCGCCUCUUCGUUCAACGCUGCCGCGCGAACAUGCACAUCGUGCUCGCCAUGUCACCCAUUGGCGAAGCCUUUCGCAACCGGCUCCGGAAGUUCCCCUCGCUCGUCAACUGCUGCACUAUUGACUGGUUCACUGCGUGGCCAGCGGACGCGUUGCACACCGUCGCCCACUCGUACUUUCGCGACGUCGAGAUGGAGGAGUCUACGCGCGAGGCUGUCGUCAAAGCGUGCUCUUUCUUCCAGGUGUCGGUUCGCGAAGCGUCGCAGGAGUUUUUCUCUGAGCUUCGCCGCCACAACUACGUCACGCCCACCUCGUAUCUCGAGCUGCUCGGCGCCUUCCGCAGUCUGCUCGAUGUCAAGCGCUCCGAGGUGUCCCAAGCGAAGUCCAGGUACGACGUGGGCCUCGAGAAGCUGCAGCAAACCGCCGAGUCGGUCGAGGGCAUGCAAGCGGAGCUGAUCGAGCUUCAGCCAAAGCUGGUCGUGGCCACCAAGGAGACGGACGAGCUCAUGGUCAAGAUCGAGAAGGACUCGGCCGAUGCGCAGCAGGUGCGGGACAAGGUGGAGGUGGAGGAGGCAGCGGCGACAGCCAAGGCGGAAGAGGCGACAGCCAUCAAGGUGGAGUGCGAGGCCGGCCUUGCAGAGGCACUGCCGGCGUUGGAGGCGUCGAUACAGGCGCUGCAGACCCUCAAGAAGGAUGACAUCACCGAGGUCAAGGGGAUGAAGAACCCGCCGGGCGGUGUCAAGCUCACCAUGGAGGCGGUGUGCAUCAUGAAUGAGGUCAAGCCGGAGAAGGUGCCGGCCCCAGACGGAAAGGGGAAGGUGGACGACUACUGGGGUCCUGCCAAGAAGAUGAUGUCCGACUCGCGCUUCCUGCAGAACCUGAUGGACUACGACAAGGACAACAUCAAGCCGGAGAUUAUUGAGAAGAUCAGGGUCUACACGAACAAUGAUGCAUUUGACCCCGAGCUCAUCAAGAAGGCCUCCAAGGCGUGCUUUGGGCUCUGCUGCUGGGUCCGCGCAAUGGAGGUGUAUGACCGCGUCGCAAAGGAUGUCGAGCCAAAGCGGCUGCGUCUCGCAAAGGCCGAGGCCGAGUUUGCCGAGGUUUCUGGGCUGCUCGCCGAGAAGAAGGAGGCGCUCGCGGCGGUGGAGGCUAAGAUCAACGAGCUGCAGGCGCAGUUCACAGCGGCAGACGAGAAGAAGAAGGACCUGGGACAGCAGGUGGAGGACUGCUCGCAGAAGCUCGAUCGCGCGCAGACCCUCAUCGGGGGCCUUGGCGGCGAGAAAGAUCGUUGGGGGGCGAGCUCGGCCCAGCUAGGCGAGCAGCUGUUCAACAUUACGGGCGACGUGCUCAUUGCCUCAGGGGUCGUCUCCUACAUGGGGCCUUUCACCGCAGUCUUCCGGGAGCGCGUCACAACCCGCUGGAUCGAAUACUGUCGCUCGGAACAGAUCCCGUGCUCGUCGCCGUUUUCGUUGGGGGCCACCUUGGGCAACCCGGUCAAGGUCCGCGAGUGGAACAUUGACGGGCUGCCGAACGACUCCUUCUCAAUCGACAACGGGAUCGUCAUCUCGUACGCCCGCCGCUGGCCCCUGAUGAUCGACCCGCAAAUGCAGGCCAACAAGUGGAUCAAGACCAUGUGUGCGGCGCCCAAAACUGCAGGGCUCGUGACUUUCAAGCCCUCCGACGGCGACUUUGUGCGCUCCCUCGAGAACGCUGUGCAGUUCGGCAAGCCAGCGCUGCUGGAAAACGUGGGCGAGGACAUCGACCCUGUUCUCGAGCCGGUGCUGCUAAAGCAGAUCUUCAAGUCGGGCGGAGUGGACUCGUUGCGCAUUGGCGACUCGACCGUCGAGUACAACCCGGACUUUAGGUUCUACAUCACGUCCAAGUUGACCAACCCGCACUACCUUCCCGAAGUCUCCGUCAAGGUGACAUUGCUCAACUUCAUGAUCACGCCAGAGGGGCUACAGGACCAGCUCUUAGGCAUCGUUGUCGCCAAGGAGAAGCCCGAGCUCGAAACAGAAAAGUCGGCGCUCAUCCUCGAGGCGGCGGGCAACAAGAAGCAGCUCAAGGAGAUCGAGGAUAAGAUUCUGCAGGUGCUGUCUGAGUCGGAGGGCAACAUCCUAGACGACCAGACCGCGAUCGACGUUCUCUCCUCGUCUAAGGUUCUCUCAGAUGAGAUUGCGCAGAAGCAAGUGGUUGCCGACGCCACGGCAGAGCGACUCGACCGCACGCGGGAGGGCUACGUGCCGACUGCUGUGCGCGCCAGCACCCUCUUCUUUUGCAUUGCCGACAUGGCCCACAUCGACCCGAUGUAUCAGUACUCGCUCCAGUGGUACAUCAUCCUUUUCGAACGCGCGAUCGACGAGGCCGGACAACCGCCCGCAGGCCUCAAGGACGCCGAGGCGCUCUCACAGCGCCUCGAGCUGCUCAUCGCCCAAAACACGCUGUCGGUGUACCGCAACGUCUGCCGCUCGCUCUACGAGAAGGACAAGCUCCUCUUCUCCUUCCUCAUGGCAACGAGCAUCAUGCGCAGCGCCGGCGAGCUCGACGAAAGUGAGUGGACCUUCUUCUUGACAGGAGGCUCGGGGCUCAUCCCUGACGAUGCGCCCAAGAAGCCGGUGCCGUGGCUGGCCGAGCGCGGCUGGGGCGAGCUCCUACGCCUCUCCGAACUCGACGGCUUUGGCCCGCUGGUGCACGCUUUUGGCGCCAAGGCCUCCGAGUGGGAAGUAAUCUACGAGUCUGCAACGCCGCAACGCGAGCCGUUUCCCGCCGCGUAUGGCUCGCUCAGCAACUUUGCACGCCUCUGUGUCCUGCGUUGCCUUCGCCCGGACAAGGUUGUGAGCAUGGUAAACGAUUUUGUGGGGGACCGCCUUGGCGCCACCUUUGUUGAGCCGCCGCCGUUUAGCCUUGAGGACUGCUACGCCGACUCCUCGCCGACGGCGCCCCUCGUCUUUAUCCUCUCGCCCGGGCAGGACCCGAUGUCGCAGCUGCUCAAGUUUGCUGAGACCAAGGGCUUUGGCGGCCGCCGCACUCAAGCUAUCUCGCUCGGACAGGGCCAAGGGCCGCUCGCCCAACGCAUGAUCAACGACGCCCUCGGCAACGGCGGUUGGGUGGUGCUGCAAAACUGCCACCUCGCGACGUCGUGGAUGACUUCGCUCGAGAAGAUCUGCGAGGACCUGACACCGGAGCGCGCGCACGUCGACUUCCGCCUAUGGCUCACCUCGUCUCCCUCGAAGCAUUUCCCCGUCUCGGUGUUGCAGAACGGCGUCAAAAUGACGAACGAGCCGCCGAAGGGUCUGCGAGCAAACUUGCUCGGCUCGUUCCUCGCCGACCCAAUCUCGGACGAGGCCUUCUUUGCCGGCGACGGCAUGGGCGAGAACGCUGCCGCGUGGACGCCCCUCGUCUUCUCGCUCGCUUUCUUCCACGGCGUGAUCCAGGAGCGGCGGAAGUUCGGUGCGCUCGGCUGGAACAUCCCGUACGAGUUCAACGAGAGCGACUUGCGCAUCUCGGUCCGGCAGCUGCGGCUCUUCUUGACCAUGUUCGACGACGUGCCUUUCGAAGCGUUGCGCUACUGCUUUGGCGAGGCCAACUAUGGCGGCCGCGUGACCGACGACAAGGACCGGCGAUGCCUGAGCGCGCUCCUCGCGGAGCCAAUCUCGGCGGCUGCGAUCGAGCCCGGCUUCACCUUCUCAUCGGACGGGGUGUACUGUCAACCCGGGGCGGCCACGCACGAGGGCUACCUUGAAUCGAUCCGCGCGCUUCCUCUCACGCAGCUGCCCACGGCCUUUGGCCUGCACGAGAACGCCGAUAUCACCAAGGAUCUCAAGGAGACACGCGAGCUCUUCGACGCCGUGCUCUCGACCCAGGCUCGCGCCGGCGCUGGCGGCGGGGGCGGUGGCGAGGAUGUGCUCGACAAGAUCGCCGAGGGUAUCGCUUCGAAGCUCCCUCCCGCCUUCGACCUCGACGUGGCCGGAGCCAACUACCCCGUACAGUACCUCGAGUCAAUGAACACGGUGCUGCACCAGGAACUGAUUCGCUUCAACCGGCUGACGUCGGUCAUCCGGUCGUCGCUCGCCUCGCUGCGCAAGGCAAUCAGGGGUCUCGUGGUCAUGAGCUCCGACCUCGAGGCGCUGGGCACCGCCCUUGUCCAGGGGGUGCGGCCGGCGCUCUGGAUGAAGCGCUCCUUCCCCUCGCUGAAGCCGCUGGGGAGCUACGUGAGCGACCUGCUCGCCCGCUUAGCCUUCUUCCAGGGCUGGCUCGACAACGGCGUGCCGACCCACUUUUGGAUCUCCGGCUUUUUCUUCACACAGGCGUUCCUCACGGGCUCCAGCCAAAACUACGCGAGGGCCAACGCGAUCCCGAUCGACCACCUCGGCUUUGACAUGCACGUGCUCCCGGCGAACCACGACUGCUCCGUCGCGCCGCAGGAGGGCGUGUACGUGCACGGGAUCUUCCUGGAGGGCGCGCGCUUCGACGAGAGCAGCGCGGCUGACAUCGCCGACCGGGCGCACUACCUCUGCCCCCUCUACAAGACGUCCGACCGGCGCGGCACGCUCUCGACGACGGGCCAUUCGACCAACUUUGUCAUGUUCCUCAAGCUGCCGCGGUUAGAGGAGCAGCCGCAGGAACACUGGGUGAAGAGGGGGGUGGCGGCGCUGUGUGAGCUGGACGACUAA